GUUGGGAAGAAAUAUCCACAGACCGGCACCUGCCUUAAUGUUGUGAUGUGACGUGGAGAGUAUACAGAUUACUAGUUUUAUAAUCAUACUGCGUUAAAUUUAAUAAAACAAGAAUGGCAGCAAAUGUACAGCAACGCAAUUUGGGUCAAUACCUAAAUAAAAUUGCGCUGGGAUUAAUAUUGUGUGGUAUUAUAUUCUCCCUACCAUCGCUUAGUUUUGGCCAUAGUGAUAAUCCAAGCUUCAAGUAUUCAAGAGAGGCGAAUGAAAAUUUUGAUUCUAAAAAGGUUCCUGCCCCAGUACACGACCAUCACGAUCAUGAUCAUGACCACCAUCAUCAUCAUCACGAUCAUGAUCAUCACCAUCAUCAUCCACAUUCACAUGAUGCUCACGGUCACGAUCAUGAAGAUCAUCACCACCAUACUGGCAAUCAUAAACAUGAGCAUCACCAGAACAAAGCAAAAAUUUCUCAAGAUAUGACCAGUAUUUGGAUACAUUCUAUUGGGUCCACAUUGCUUAUUAGUGCCGCGCCAUUCGUAUUGCUAUAUACCAUUCGAUUGGACAAUAGUGAAGCAAUGAAACCACGCCUUAAAGUUAUAUUGGCAUUUGCUUCUGGCGGCUUAUUGGGUGAUGCUUUCCUGCACCUUAUUCCUCAUUCUACUCAUUCGCAUAGUCAUGGUGAGCAUGACUCCCAUGAAGCAGCACAUAAUCACGGCCAUAGCCAUGACCAUGGACAUGGACAUGAUAUGAGAGUUGGUCUAUGGGUUUUGGGUGGAAUUAUAGCAUUUCUUGCUGUUGAGAAAUUGGUAAGACUGCUAAAAGGUGAUGAACAUGGACACAGUCAUAGUCAUUCAAAAAAAGAGACAAAUCCGAAACCAUCAAAAAAAGCUGAUCAAAAAUCUGAUACUAAAAAGUCGGAAAAUCCAAAAGCGGUUAAAAAUGUCGAAGCAAAUGACGUAAAAAUAACGGGAUAUCUGAAUUUGGCUGCUGAUUUUGCCCAUAACUUCACUGACGGUUUGGCUAUUGGCGCUUCCUACUUAGCCGGAAACAGUAUUGGAAUUGUAACAACAAUUACGAUAUUAUUGCACGAAGUACCCCAUGAAAUCGGAGAUUUCGCCAUCCUAAUUAAAUCCGGUUGUACGAAACGUCAAGCAAUGCUGCUGCAAUUAGUAACUGCGCUUGGUGCUGUUGCUGGCACUGCACUAGCUUUAUUGGGGGCUAGUGGUGAAGGUGGUUCAACGGCAUGGGUAUUGCCAUUCACAGCAGGCGGAUUUAUAUACAUUGCCACUGUAAGUGUGCUUCCCGAAUUGUUGGAGGAGUCUACAAAAUUGGGUCAAUCAAUUAAGGAGAUUGUAGCUAUGCUAAUCGGCGUUGGUUUAAUGAUUUUCAUUGCCCAGUUAGAGUAAAAACUUCCUAAAACAUGUUAGUUGUAUAUUGAAAUUUAUCUAGUAGCCUUUUUAUUUGUAAGCGAAAAUACUAAGUUUCUUAAAAAUAUUUCAAAUAAUUAUAUUAUUAUAAAUAAAGUCUUUGUACCGUAAAAUUUCUUCAAUCA